GCACUAGUUGGUGUUGCUCGAACGUUCGUUAAAACCGUUGAAAAUAUCAAAUAAAAACUGUGUAUCUUAUAUUAAUUUAAAGUUAAUUGUGCAGUUGAGAGUGCAUAUUAACGCCAGCAAAAUGUAUUUUUUGGCAGUGCUUGCGUUUAUUGGAAAUGCCAAAGAUAGCAACGCUGUGAGCUCCAGCCUCAUCCAGGGCGGCCAUUGCCGCGAUUACAAUGGCAAACUGUAUGAGACUGGCAUGCAUUAUAUGCCCGGGCCGGACUCCUGUCGACUGUGCAUCUGCGACAGCGGAUUGCCCAAGGCGUGUAAAAUGGUACUAUGCGAGGCGUUUAGCAAGUGCAAAUCCUUUCAAACUGUUGGCAGUGGCAACAACUGCUGCGAGGUCAUUUGCCUGGACGACCAGUUCAGCGAUGGCAGCACCGAUUUUGGCAUUUGACUGGUGGCCAGUGGCAUUACGGCCACGCUUUCCUUAUCAUUGCUCUUCUUCCUGGUCAAUCGUUUGCGACAGCGCAAAAUGCGAGCACGCGAGAACCGCCAGAAUGCGGAGGAUCAACGUAGUAUUGUUGGGAGCAUUGGAUAUAUUGCGGGCAACAUGGGUUACAUGGAGGGCAAUCUGAGUGCUAUGGACUAUUCGUAUGGCGCCGCUACCACGCAUUAUCCAUUAUGGAAGCCACCAAGCGGAUAUUUUCCGCGUGGCGAGGCACCACCGCCAUAUGAGGAGGCAGUCGCUAUAUCCCAGGCGGAAGCAUUGAGCGCUCAGUGCACCGUAACAUUGCCCAGCCAUGUUCAGCGCCAGGCCGUGACCAGUGUCAGCCAGCAACAGCAGCAGCAAUUGCAACAACAGCAGCAAUUGCAGCAGCAGCACCUACAACAACAUACACUACAGCUGCAUACCCAACCACAACAGCAUACUCAUCCCCAUGCUUAUGCCCAACAGUUGGUGCCUGUUAAUGCAGCGCAUCCGCAUGCACAUCAAUUGAGCGCGGCUGCUGCUGCCGCUGCUGCUGCUGCCGCACAAUCCAAUCAGUACACACAGAGCACUACAAAUCUGAUUAAUAUAAACAUCAAUAGCGGCGGAGUUACCACAAUUGCCACAGGGGAGAAUCACCAGCCACCUUACAGCUUGCAAAGCGAACAGCAGCAGCAGCAACUCCAGCAACAGCAACACCAACAGCUCCAGCAACAGCAACAGCAACAACACCAACAGCAACCACCGACGCCCAAUAAUUCAAUUUGUAUGCAAACUCUACCAACUCCCAAGGCCAGUGUCAACAGCGAGUGCAGCUAUAAGAAUUGCCAUCUCAAUAUAAGCGCCAGUGUAACGACUGCAGCGGCUACCGCUGCUGGCAGCGCCUCCAGCUCGCUGGCCUAUGCAGCAGCGCGUCGUACACCACGUGGUUCCCAAGAGCUGCUGCACCAACAACAGCAACAGCAGCAGCAGCAAUAUCUAACUGUAGCCGAUGUGGAGAUUAAUGCGAGCGCCAGUGCAGCUAGUUAUCACUCACUGCCCGCCACAAGCGACAUGUUCACCACGCCCACACACCACUUGGCACAGCAACAGCAACAGCAACAUCAUCAGCAUCAGCAGCAGCAACAGCAAUUGCUCGCAGCAGCAUUGUCCACAACUGCCAUAGAUAUGUUGCCAGCCAUGGACAUAGCGACGAUAACAACGCCACCCACAUGCAGCAGCGGUACAUCUGAUUCGGUUACCCAGACGCUGCCUCUCCCGUUGCCGCUGCAUGCUGCACUGAAAUCCCAACAGCAACAGCAACAGCAGCAGCACGGCAGUAAGACGCCAUCCAGCUCGCGUCGCUAUCAUCGCACCAUACCACGCUAUUUUGCUGUUGCCGAUCCACUGCAGGUGGUUAGCGUUAAGCCAAAGCCCAGCACUAGCAGCAGUUCCAGUUCCAGCACGGAUAAAACGAACAAGAAACCCAUGUGCCAGUGCCCCAUACAGCAUGUGCCUAUGUCCUACAUGGGCAGCAAUGCUAAUGCCAAUGCAAAUGCAUUCCUCAGCGGCGCCGGUAAACUAUUUGCAUCCACUGGCAGCAACGGCUGUGCCCUUUCACCGAGUUCCAGCACACGACAUGCCGCCACGUUAGCGUAUGGCCAGCGCGCCAAAUCAACAACUAAUCUGCAGCUGCAGCAGCAGCACGGACAAGAUUUGCUUAGCAGCCGUAAUACGUGCACCUAUGAGACAAAAAUUGCCACCAUUUCGAAGCAGGUGGGCGACGAGCUGCAGCUGCAGCCACAUCCAUCGCACGGUUCGAGCAGUGUGUCAGCCAUAAUACCGCCGCCGCCUCUGCAGCACCACGAGGACGUCAGCGCGCCUCCCAUUGUACUUGGACGCGUACAAAAGCGGUCCAGUAGCUCGAGCAGUGCUGCUGAACGAGCUCGUAGCAGCAGCGGUGGACGCAGUGCGUCCAGCAGUGGUUCAGCAGCCACUACCCAAUCCGGCGUCGAUAUGCUCUCCAGCGCAUAUUUGAAUCGAAAGGUUGAUGCAUACUUGAGUUUGACGCAGAAACAGCAGCAACAUUUCUAUAAUCAGCAAGAACAGCAGCAGCAACAACAGCACAACAACGAUCAAAGCAAUCCAACUUUACCACCGAAACUCAACAAAAGCCUAACGAAUUUAAAAACAGUAACAACCACUGCCACCAAUAGCUGCAGUGCCAACAGCAACAACAGCAGCAACAGCAGUAGCAGCAGCAGCAGCAACAGUAGCAGUGGAGGUAACAACAACAAUGCUGUGGCCACUAUUUAUACCCUCAGCAAAUCUACGAAUAACAGCGGACAUCAACGGAAGGAGCAAGCGCCAACAUUGACCCUGCCACCAAAUAGCCCCUCGUCCAGCAGCGGGGAAAAGUCGAGCGGCAAAAUCAAUUCGAGCACAUUUUAUCCACUGGCCAAUAACCAUGUCACCUACACGCUGCCGAAGCACAUUAGCGGCAAGAUCUCGCUAAACAGCACCAUUAACAGCGUGGUCAGCAAGGUGCCCUCGGUGAUCAGCAUACCCCCAAUCGAGAAUAACAAUGAGAAGGCAACAGCCAUUAGCAAGAGUACCACACUGCCUAAAAUACUGCGCGUGAAGCGUGACAGCGAGCGAAGCACAGCAUCAACCACUCCAACAACAGCAACAGCUACCAAUAGCAAGGCCAUUGCCCAUUGCCAGAUGCCCAGCUAUCCGCAGCUGGUGGCUAAGGUGCAGAGCGGUCGCAGUGGGACGUCUAGCAAACAGCUGCCUGUAUGCACAACAUCGAAGAACUGUUUGAAUCCUAACGAGCAUUUCCUGCCCAACGAUACCAGCCUUGACGAUGACUAUCUAAGCGAAUGCGAGAACUGCAAAAUCGCACAGAGUGCCAAAUACUAUCUAGACGCCGAUCUGAGCGGUGGUGGUGGAGCAGGCGCCUUAACACCACAAGAAACAAUGACGCUGCAGCGCAAAUCACUGGAGGAGACUAAAGAGGAGCCACACGACAGUUACUAUCGUAGCUCGCAUACGCUGCCCAGCAAUGCAAAAAAGCAUGGUGUCAGCAAAAAUAACAAUCGCGAAGCGUGGCAAUUCUCAACAAUCCCUGCGGCCAGUUCAUCGGAUGAGGAUGUCAACGAAUGAGAUUUGAGCCAUUUUCUUUAAGAUGCCACACCCAAAUCCAAAUGCCAAAAUGUGCAUCCUAAAGAAAAGGCAGGCUUCUACUUCUGUAUCCAACUCACAACCCAAAUGGCAUAUACUAUAUAUAACUAGACAAAAACCUGAUUAAAAAUUUGAAAUGUAUUUGUAAAAAAUGAUGUGCUAAAUUUAGGUGUAUACUUCUAAUAUAUGUACUUGCAAAUUGCUCAAAGAACAUAACAAUAUAGAUAUAUAUUUGUGUUGCUAUGAUAACCAACAUUGGCAUGUAAAAUUUGCU